AUGGAUGUACACAUUGAACAUGUGCAAUUGGAAUCCAUCAAGGGAAUAAACAAAAAUAUUUGCUCGUUACAAGUUGAUUCAAACUCAUUUGUUUUUGCCUUGAAGGAUGGUAAUGUUCACUAUAUCGAUCUAGAUAAACCAUCUACAAUCAAUAGUAUCAAGAUUCCACUUAUAGAAAAUAACCAAGCCAAUAACGAAAAGUUAAUAGCGUCAUGGUUAAAUACAGACGGUACAAAGGUGUUAACCAAAACAAAUUUUGGUAUAUACUAUGUGGUAGACCUUAAGGAGCUACAAAUAAACCCUGAUAACAAACGAAAAUGCAUAUACGUUAUUAAGAAACUACCAAAGAGAGAAUGCGAUAUUAGAUAUGUCCAAUGGUUGGAUACUAACAAACUUCUUUGUGGUACAGCCAAUGGGAAAAUAAUAAGCAUUGAUUUUACCAGCGGGUUGAAGAAUCCUAUCAUUGAUAACUGUUGGACAUCAAAUAGAAAUAAACCGAUCCAAGGGUUAGUAUAUUCCCCCAAAUCUGGAAAUCUUUUAAUUGCUCUUAAAAAUAGACUAUUACUAUGGAAAUCUGAUAUUGGUUGUCGAGAUUCUCCUAUAGAAUUGCUAAAGAAAGAACCGAAGGAGAACGAAGACUUUAAAUAUCUAAAUCAACCUACAAGACAAACACAUGGUGAUACUAGAACGCGGUUUACUUCCUUAAAUAAUAGUAUUUUUGCUUGGGCAACAUCUUCCGCAAUUGUAUAUGGUGAUAUAUCCAUGAACCGAACACCAAACGAAAGCAUACUAAAUAGUGCAAAAAUCUUAUUCAAUAAUGAAAUAUUACAAAAUAACGUUGAAAAUUAUGAAAUGAAUGAUAUAAUUAUAAAAGAUAUUGUUUUAACAAACUACCAUAUCAUUAUUUUGAGAGAUUCCACAUUGACUAUGGUUAACCAGUUAGACAACAAAAUUGCAUAUCAGGAGUCGAUACAGUCACCAGCAGAUAACCAGAGUUCUACAAAUGAGCAAUUUAUAGGACUUACUGUGGAUAAUUACAAUGAAGCUGAGGGACUUACGUUUUGGUGCUACUCCAAUACUAAUAUUUACGAAAUCAUCGUGAAUAAUGAACCACUGUCAGUGUGGGAUUUACUUUGUGAACAAAAAUCCUUUGAUGAAGCAUUAGCUUUACCAGGACUAAAUGAUUGGAUAAGAAGCUUAAUAAAUCUUCGUAAAGGUAAUUUUUUAUUCAAGGAUGAGAAAGAUAUAGUUAAUGCAGCCAAAUAUUUUGGACAAUCAGAUUCGGCCACAAUUGGUGAAAUUGCAUUAAAAUAUAUGGCCUAUGAUAAAGAUAACAAUAAGGAUACAGCUACAAAUGCUUUACAAGAAUAUUUAAUAAUGAAAAUGAGCCAAUUGAAUCAACCAAAUAAUGAGAAUGCUAACAAAGUUCCCCGAACAUUACUGUCAAGUUGGAUUAUUUGGAACUUCAUGAAACAACUAAAUGGUUUAGAUGAAAAAAUAAGUCUCAAUGUACAGAUUGAUGAACAACUAUUGAUAGCCAAAAGAAACGAUUUACAAGAAUCCUUUAACAAUUUUUUGACAAAAAAUGUGACAGCGUUGGAUAUUCCCACCGUGUAUCAAAUCAUUACCAACCAAAACCGUACACAUGACUUACUAUUUUUUGCAAAUCUAAUCGAUGAUUAUGAAUAUAUGAUUUCCUAUUGGGUCAAGCAUGAAAAUUGGUAUGAAUCAUUAAAAAUCCUCCUGAAAUACCAAAAUCCACCCACUGUAUACAAAUACUCUACUAUCUUAUUAGUUAGUUCGCCUGACGCUACGAUUAAUGCAUGGAUGAAAAUAAAACAACUGAAUCCUGUCAAUUUACUACCCGCAAUCUUAACAUUCUUUACAAAUUUCCAAAAAAACCUGGCCAUUACUGGUCAUGAACGUUCACCAAAGAAAAAUUACGCCUUGACUUACCUAUUAAAUUACAUUGAUGACAGAAUCUCAACUAAUUCAAGUGUACCGCCUAUUUUAUACAAUACUACACUAUACAUUAUGUUAGCAACCAACAAUGUUGUUACUUCAUCCACUGCAAUGGAGAAUCAGAAAAUAAUUGGCUUUUUGAAAACAUACGAGGGAAAUUAUGAUAUAAAUUUUAUAUUACAAAUAAGCAUGAAAUUCAGAUGUCAUGAAGUUGCGAUGUAUUUGUUGUCAGAACUAAAACUUUAUGAAGAAGCUGUUUCCAUUGGUAUAAAAUAUGGUAUAAUCGAAGAAGCAAAGACAAUCAUCAGUAAGAUUGACUUGACUGAGGAUGCAGAGUUGGAUCAAGAGAAAUUGAAAAAGCGAUUAUGGUUAAAGAUUGCAAGUCACAUGCUAUCCAACAUAUCCUCUGACUCAUUGGAUAUUAAACAAAUAAUAAAAUCUCUCUUGUUAGAGUCUAAUAACAUCCUAGAAAUUAAAGAUUUAUUAAUGCUCUGUGAGAAGACCACAACUAUUGCAAAUCUUAAAGAUGAAUUGAUUAAGAGUUUAGAAAAUCAUAAUGAGAAUAUGAACAUAAUUUCUAAAGAUAUAAAAAGAUCUAUUCUGUUGAAAGAAAGAAUAAAAGAUGAAAUACAAAACUUUGACAAGAAGUAUAAUAUAAUCGAACCAGGUGAAUCAUGUAAUUACUGUGAUAAAUUUCUUCAAAGUCGGAAAUUUAUCAUUUUCCCAUGUAACCACUGUUACCAUAAGGACUGCAUUAUGAAAUUGAUCCUAAAUUCUACGGACUAUAACUUAAUAAACGAGAUUCAGAAACUUACUCGGACAAUUAAGAAUGAUCAUCUUGACCAAGACACUGAAGCAAAACUCGAAAUGUUAUUAACAACUAAAUGUUAUUUAUGUAGCGAUAUGAAUAUCAAUACUAUUGAUAAUUCUUUCACUGUAGAUGAAACCGAGAUGAAUAAAUGGAAUAUAUAA